GGGGGACCACCAAGAAUAAAAUCCAACCCCUCCCCAAAGCUAAGGAUUAUAUCGUAGGAGAUGAAGUUCCUUUCAUGGCUGUUCAUCAUCAUCCUAUGUGCUCAAGCCCUACCAAGUUUGGCUCUUGAAACACUUUCCACAACAAGAGACAGAGGUUUUGUUCUCUUAAAACCCCAUCUGCAAGAACAUGAGGCUAAAGGUGUAAACAGAACAACCAGUUUACGUGGAGAAAGUGAUAGAGAAAUAUCGGUGUUCACGCAACCAAAGGUUUACGCAAGAAAGGCACAGAGAGGGAAGGGAGCUUACGGCGGCGCGAACAUAGAUCGUAACCCGCGUCCGUCUGCAAAAAGUGCAGCAUCAGUUCCGAAGAGAUCCCUGUUCUUCAUCCUCUCAACAACUAUCCUGUAUGCUGGAUUCAGUUGGAUCCUUCUUUUUCCCUUCUGAUCCCUCCAGCUGAAUUUGUACUAGUCUUUGUGUUCAUCUAUGAAGAUUUUGUCUGAAAA